CCCCAUCACAUGAGUUUCUGGAAUGGUCGGUUUCCAUCAGAAAGGUCACUCACCCUGAGUUUUCGUUAAGGCCUCGAUACCAGCCCCGAGGAUCUAGGGAUGCCAGCCAAGAAGGAGAUUGAAGAGCCACAAAGAGAGGAUUCUUUUCUGGACUUCUGAAGGAUUCUUGACUCCAGACCUCAUCCUCCAACCUGGUUUCCGGGCCUUCCCCUGCUCAUCGUUAGAGUCCAGCUGUGGAGACCUGAUUCUGACUCUGGGGUCCCAGGUAUACUCUGCAAAGGGUAGCAAGCACUGGACUGUCCUGUUCUUCUGAGAAAGUAUUUGUGGCCACUGAGUGUUCCCUUCAAAGUUACCGGGACACAUGGAAGCCUCCGGCCCACCAGCCAAGGAUCAGCUGAGCCCUGGGGCUGAUGCUUGCCCCCACUGCUGAGAAUGGUACCGAGGCCCAGCCAGGCACCAGGACAAAGGUUAACCCGGGACACUCCUGCACAGCGAUCCUGAUGUCUGUUCUGAGCCGUGCACUCAGAGGUCUGAUAACAGCCCGCUCGGCAACAUGGCGUCCGCCGAGCCCCUGACGGCGCUGUCCCGCUGGUACCUGUAUGCCAUCCACGGCUACUUCUGCGAGGUGAUGUUCACGGCGGCCUGGGAGUUUGUGCUGAACUUUAACUGGAAGUUCCCGGGGGUCACGAGCGUGUGGGCACUCUUCAUCUACGGCACCUCCAUCCUCAUCGUGGAGCGCAUGUACCUGCGCCUGCGGGGCCGCUGCCCGCUGCUUUUGCGCUGCCUCAUCUACACGCUCUGGACCUACCUAUGGGAGUUCACCACCGGCCUCAUCCUGCGCCAGUUCAACGCCUGCCCCUGGGACUAUUCCCAGUUCGACUUUGACUUCAUGGGCCUCAUCACCCUGGAGUACGCCGUGCCCUGGUUCUGCGGGUCCCUCAUCAUGGAGAAGUUCAUCAUCCGCAACACCCUCCGCCUCCGCUUUGACAAGGACGCCGAGCCUGGGGAGCCCGGUGGUCCCCUGGCCCUGGCCAACGGCCACGUCAAGACAGACUGAAUGGGGCUGGUGGGUGGGGCCCGGGGCUCUCUCAUGGACCCAGUGGACAGAGGUACCAAGCUGGUGGGGUUACAUCUUCUGAACAGCACAAGCCCUGGCCGGGGACCGGCCUCAGCCCCCUAGGGCCCACACAUACGCGACGACCCCCUCACCCCAGCACCCUCCGCGGGGGGCGGGGCCGGGUGUGUGCGGGGGUGGGGUGGAGGUAGCAGAGGGACUCUGGGAAAGGUCUGUGGAUCUCUGCGCGGCUCAGAGGCUGGUGGCUGGAGGCCUGUGGCUAAGCAGCGGCUGGACACCCCCCCCCCCCGGGUGAUUUUGGAAGCAGCAGGCCCUGUCCUGGCUAAGGGGCCCUGAGAACGGGGCAGAAGGUGGGAGGCGAGGCCUGAGGAGGCUUUGAGCUGCUGCGUGGUCUCCUCCCUCUCACCUGGUUUAGGUGGGCUUUGGCUGGUUCCGUUAGGCAAUAUUCAGGUGCUUGCUUGCAACCAAUACCUCCCCGGGGGCCUGCUGAGCUGCAGCCUAAGGAGAGACUGGGCAGCCGGGAGGCUGCUUGGCGGCAGUGCUGGUGUGCAAGGGCUGGAGGCCUUCCCUUGGCUCCUCUCCCCUCCCCCAGGGCUCUGCCGCUCCCUUGGCCUUCAGGGGGCCCCGCUGGUGCUGGAUUCCCACCAACCUUGGGCUUUUGGAGGUUUCAAUCCCUGUGUGUUCGGUGGCGUUUCCCCCUUUUCUCUCUUAUUUUCAAGGCCUUUACCACUAGCAGCCCCUUUAUCCAUGUCAGUCACCACACCCGCCCCCUUCCCCAACUCCCUGGCCAGCACAGCAGCUGCCAGAGAUGGACCCUGAGGCGGACCCUGCGCCCCCUCUUGCGACCUUCCCUCCACUCUGUCUGCUGCCUGAUGACUAGGAAGUCCCCUUUCACACCUCCCCACCUGUCUGGCGGGCUGUGGCAGUGCCCCCUCCCCAUAGUGGCCCAGCUGAAAUGGGAUGAUACCCUCCCCAACACAGUCAGGCCAAGAUGCACUCCCUCAGAUCCACAGUGUGGACCCAGAGACAAAUCAGUUUAGUGGAGUUGAGGCGGGGGGGCAAGGGGAGAAAGCAUUCGAUUUCUCUUCAAGCCAGUCAGAGUCAAUAGAGCUUUCUAGGGGAUGGAGGGGCCGGCAUCCAGUGUUGGAGACCCAUGGAGGAUGGGUGAGAGAGGAAAAGAAAACAGUCUUUCCGCUUUGGGAGGGUCUCUGGAGCAUCCUUAGUGGGAAGGGAUCAGCUGGUCCUGCCAUAGCCCCAGGCCCUGCAGCAAAACCCCCUCGGGGCUACCCCCCAUCCCACCCCUCCCAAGCAAGGCUCACCCUUUGAGCUUACUCCUCAAACAGUAUUGACCCUGCCGUGCUCACGGGCGUUGUCAUCUUGGUUACCCCCCGCUCCUCUGUGAUGGGUCCAUCGCUGGCAGUGGACAGGUGAAGUCCUCACUCCAGCCCACUUCUGGCUCUGCCCCCACUCCUCAGAAUGCAGCCUAUGCCAUGGUACAUGGUUUCAUCUUGACCACACUGGGACUCUUAAGUAGAAAUUAGCCUUUCCCUUUUUAUAGAUCAUUAAAAAAUGAUAAUACCACCUGUGGACAGAAGCUCCUCUUCCUUGCUCUGCUGCUCCACCUAGACGGUGCAGAUAGCACCAGCCAGGGUGUGAGCCAGGGCUGGUGGGCUGGGGAUGGGCAGGAUUGGGAGAAAGGCUAGGAGACUCUGCCUUUGACAGGGUUGUUUUGUGCAGUUGACCCUGUCCAGGACAGGAUGAAGGGCAUUUCCCAGCCUGUGUGUCCUGGCCAGGCUCCUCAAAUCCAGGAAUGAACUACAUUCUGCAGGGGCCAGACCUACCUUCGAUUUUACUGUGGCCCCAAUUCCAGGGCUUUGGGGCAUCCAGGGAUUCGGGUUUCCAGAGGAAAAGUAUUGUCUGGAUUCUCUGUCCCCUCUGGGAAAUUAUUUCCUUGGCCCUGUCCCCAAACUCUGUGAUAUCUUACUUUUCUGGACCCCAGCACCCUUCCGGGCCCCACAUGUGGGCCCCUAGAUGACACCACCCACCUUUGACCUCCCCUCCCAUGACCGAAUCUGUGGUCAGCUUGUUGAUGUCUGCCAGCAUAGGGCCUCCAUGAUUCUCAGCCAGAGCAAGCCCCUCUAUGGCCCUUCAGGUCUGGCCACUCCAGAUGUUGCCACAUGGGCAUUCCCUGGCACCAUCUUUUCUCUGGGCCCUACAGACUCCCAAGGACGGGAGGUCCUGCGGUGAACCUGCCUGCCUGAUACAAGCAGAGUGCUGUUUCUCUGCUUCAUCCAGGUGCCCCGUGGCUCCUUCUGUCCCUCACAGGGCCCAGAGUCCCCAGCAAAGGGAGGCAGCAAUCCAGGGCUUGAGCUCAGGGUCUGCAGGCUCAGAAUUCGCCAGGGGUAGCCCAGACUUCAACACUUGCUUGUUUGGGCAUCUUCCCUUAGUGAAGGCCCUCAUCCCUUAGUGCCCGGGCACCCCAGCUCUGCCAAGCCUCGGGGGCGCUGGCAGGAAGAGUCUGCUGACUGUGAACCUCUGGUGUCCUGGAUCCCUCUCCACGGGCCAUGGCAGCAUUUCUGAGUCACUUAUGGAUGGCCACAUGCUGCCCCGCAUGGUUGAAGCGCUUCUGAGGUCUGCUAGGCAUGCUGUCCCCUGUGCCCUGUCCCCCCUGUUGCCAGUGAGUCACAAUGGCCUGUGCUUCUCUACAGCAAUAAUACACAGGGAGUGCCCACAAAAUCGCCUUGUCCUAGCCCCUCACUCUCUGCAUGGGUCUCCUCGGGGAGGCAGUGCUGAGGGGGUCAGUUCCCGAGAACCUGCAUUUAUGAAGCUCUGGGCCGUGCAGACACCAUCAUGGGGGGUGCAGAAAGGAGAGAUGCCCGGCCCCCGAGCUGUGGCUAAGGCAGGGAGGGUACCUUCCACCCUGAGGCCACCCCAGACCCGGAGGAGCUGCGCGUCCCGGCACUCCCACUUCGAAGUGGGCGGGACUGUCUCCCAACUGCCGCAGCUCUUCGGAAGGACACGUGACUGGUUUGUGCGCCCAUCGCCUGCUCCGUCUCCAUCCGUCUCUUUGUCUCUUCCUUUUCACAUUCGUGCACAUCAAAUAUACUGGUGUUUGUGUUCCA